AUGGGGCUUGCAGCUAUCAUAAUAUGGACACUAUUGUGCUCGACCGCGACGGUAUGCACCGUUCUCGCCACCUCGAAAGACUUCACGGGGACCACGUACCCGACCAAGUCGGGUAUCAAAAUUUGGGUGGAUCCCGAAACUCCAGCAGAACAGCACAAGUAUAUCAGCUCUCGUGGACGGACGUGGGACCUCGUCAUGAGUGACGAGUACAACGUCGCGAAUCGAAGCUUCCGGCCCGGUGACGACCACAUUUGGACUUCGCUCGAAAAGCCUGACGGUGUUAACGGUGCCCUCGAGCUCUACUCGCACAAUAUGACGAGUACCAAGUGUGACAGCGAUGGCACUUGCUACUUCUACAUUGAAGUCACUGAUGAAGUAAAUGUCUUCAAAGUAUUCAACUUGUAUAGGCACCCUCCAGGAUACGAAAACGCGUACUUCUACUACCGAGCUGCUAUGGUGCAGUCGUGGAACAAGUUCUGUUUCCAGGGUGGCAUGCUCGAGGUGCGAGCUCAGCUGCCCGGAGCUGUCUCAAAAGAGUCCGGUAACCCAGACCUGGCACUCGGUGAGUCAGGACAAGCCAAGACAGCCAAGUUCUACCCGACAUGGCCUGGUAUCUGGAUGAUGGGAAACCUAGGUCGAGCCAUUUUCUCGGCGUCGACCAACCGUAUGUGGCCAUAUUCCUACGACAAGUGUGAGCCAGAAGUCUUCCCUCCAGAAAACCAGCGGAUCAAUGCCUGCAACGACAACCCUGGCUACGGAUUGAACCCCAACCAAGGCCGGGGUGCCCCAGAGAUCGAUCUUCUUGAAGGCAGUGGCACAGUCAUCUCAUCGUCACUGCAGAUCGCUCCUGGCAUGCCUACCGACUUUCGUCUCUUCCCCGCUGAUGCUGCUGGAGCUGAUGCCGCUGACCCGUAUUGCGUGUACACGUAUGACUGUAAGACGCCUGGUGCCAAUAUGAUUGACGUACCAACCUCCCACUACAAAAAGGAACGGGGCCAUAAGUCGUGGUACCAAGGUCUACGCUACGGCGCCAACAAUUACUGUCGACCCGAUCCCAAGGCGAAGCAGGACUAUGAUACCGUCGCUGCAUCGGUGAAAUCUGGGAUCACGAAGAAUACGUGUAGCGUUGAGACGUGUCCGGCAUCGGUUGAUGUUAAUGGUGACCUGGGUUUCAUGGAUAGCACCAAGACCUCCCAUUGGGGUAUCAACUCGAAUGGAACGUGCUACCCGAUCAUAAACUCGUACAUGGGCGCUUACCUCUGUGAUCCAGACAAUACCAACGUACUGUGCACGACUCCUCGAAACUCUUCGACGCCAAAGUCGAGCUCAAUGAGUUCGUUUAACUACCAGAUGGAUGCAAUUUCCUCAAAUUGGCCCAUUCACUUGGGCGGCUACCUUGGCUACCUCAAGUACCAACUCGAGUGGGUUACAGGCGAGAACGGAUACGUGCGUUGGAUGCUGGACGGGAGCGCACUCUUCGAAGUGACGACGCAGGCGCUUUCCAAUGUACCACAGAACAGCAAGAAGAACAAUCCACAGAAAGCGAUGUUAGAGGAGCCCAUGUACUUGAUCUACAAUGUGGCUCUGUCAAGUUCCUGGGGCACGACGCCUCCAAAUGCAGGCAAAGAAUGCCGUGGAAAUGGUACGGACCCCGUGGCAAAUGCGAUCUGCGACUCGUUUCCAAUGUUCAUGAAGAUUGACUACAUCCGUUUGUACCAAGACCGAGGCGACGACCUUGACAAGGACAACUACAUGCAAGUCGGAUGCGACCCAUCGACUCACCCGACCAAGACGUGGAUUGACGAACACAUUGAGGAGUACGUAGACGAAGACAAUCCGUGGCGAGAGGUGUCAGGAAAAGCCUUCUGUACCAUCGAUGAUGACUGCACGAUUGGCAGCAGCGUUGGGACGGCGUCAUUAAAGACGGGAAAGUGCGUCGAGGGGCGAUGCCAGUGCAGUCACUCGACGUCAUGGGGUGGCCCACGCUGUACCACAGCUCUAUCAGGCUCGACGAGCACGAGUGCUACCAACCUGUCUCAAAGAGCCUAUGGUCCGCCUAUGAGUCUGUCUAUGACUAUUGCAGCUGUCGUCGUGUUCCUGUCGAUUGUAUCUGUCUACAUGUCCAUGGUGUCUAUGGAGAAAGAGGCCGCAGCUUUGACAAAAUCCAGUGUACAGACGAAAGUAGCGGGCAGCAUCGACGAAGGAAACAGCCUGACGCACUCGAUGAACCAAAGACCCAAGGACAACUAUAGCCAGAACUUUGUCUAG